AUGUCUGUUUUUUCUGCACUGGCCGCUGCCAGUGCUAGUUCUCAAGACUUGUCGGUCGCGCAGAUCGAGGAGCAGCUGCAGAACUGUCCUCUCGUCGCAUCUCUCAAUGAGCAUAAACGUGCGACUGCCCCGGAGACUACCAGCCUAUCUUCCCAGAUUUUUGUGGUUCUUUUUCCUGGCAGUCCGGCUGUGAACGCUCUCUUGGCAACUUUGUACAUAUCUGGACCCCCUAACUUCCUCCUCGCAUUGUGUCCUCCCAACAUCGACCCCUCGUCCCUGUCAGUCAUGGUUGCCUUUGCCGUCGGUGGACUCCUAGGCGACACCCUCUUCCACUUGCUCCCGGAGAUUUUUCUUGGUGAAGACUCUCCCGACCACGUCAGCUUCGUAAUGGUCGAACCAAACAAGAAUCUUUUGCUAGGACUAGGUAUAAUGGUUGGUUUCUUUACCUUCGUCGCAAUGGACAAGGCCCUCCGCAUUGCCACAGGCGGCGAAGGCCACGACCACGCGCACGGCCACGGCCCCGAAGAGACUAAAGCUUCCAGCACCGGCGCUGAAGCAGGCGGCAAGUCUGGAGAAUUGAAACAGCGCAAGGGUAAGAAGGGUAAGGAUUCCGCAGAUGCCGUAGAAGAAAAGGAAAUCAACCCCAGCGUCAAACUGGGCGGAUACCUGAACCUUAUUGCGGAUUUCACGCAUAAUAUCACCGAUGGACUGGCACUUUCCUCCUCAUUCUAUGCCUCGCCAACAAUCGGUGCCACAACGACAGUUGCGGUAUUUUUUCACGAGAUCCCGCACGAGGUCGGUGAUUUUGCGCUGCUUGUGCAGUCUGGCUUUUCGAAGCGCAAGGCUAUGGGCGCACAGUUUGUUACUGCUGUUGGUGCCUUCUUGGGAACUCUCAUUGGUAUCGCAGUUCAGGAAUUCGGAGGCCAUGAUGCUGUGUCGGACGGCUCCCUUGCUGCGGGUCUCUGGGGUACCAGCUUGAGCUGGGGCGACAUGCUCCUCCCCUUCACUGCAGGCACAUUCUUGUAUGUUGGCACUGUGGCGGUCAUCCCAGAGCUGCUGGAGACCGGGAAAGACAAGGGUGCCGAGCUGCGCAAGACUAUUGUGCAGUUCUUGGCCGUUGCUGUUGGCGCUGGUAUCAUGCUUGCCAUUUCCUGGGACUAA